CGUAGCGAGAUGAUUUUAACGACACUUUGUUUCUGGCUUUUACUUUCUAAGGCGAGUGCUAUCAUUGCCUGGCAUAAUAUUAACGACACCCAGCUAAACGACGUAGAAAGUGCACCUCAAACCUGUGCAAAUGUUCCAUCGCCCGGCGUUCAUCGUAUUCAACCGGAGUUUGGUUUCAAUGAUGAGUUUCUGGUUUUAUGCGAUCAAGACUACUCUGGAGGAGGCUGGACCGUAAUACAGAACCGAUUCGAUGGAUCGGUCGACUUCUACCGUGGUUGGAAAGAGUACGAGAACGGUUUCGGUGACCUUCGGGGAGAGUUUUGGUUGGGAUUGAAGCGCAUCUAUCAGUUGGUCGCUGCGAGACAGCAUGAGUUGCACAUUUUGAUGCAAGAUGUCGACGGAAAGACAGCUGUUGCUAAAUACAGUAGCUUUUCGAUGACGGGGCCUAUGCUGAAUUACAUGGUGGACAGCUUGGGGACGUACAGUGGAGAUGCUGGUGACUCCUUCAAAAUCGCGGAGCAUCUAUCCUUUUCGACAAUGGAUGCAGAUCAUGAUGGACACGCAACGACCAACUGCGGAUCUCUUUACAAAAGUGGAUGGUGGUUUAAGGCUUGCCAUGAUGGCAAUCUCAACGGUUUAUACAAACCUGGUCCUAGUGAGGAAUCAGGUAUGAUGAUGAGCUGGAGUGCCUUUCGAGGAUUUAAGUAUGGCCUGAAGCGUUCGCGAAUGAUGAUUCGGCCGGUUUAUAAGUGAUAUUCUGAUAUGAAAUGCUUCCUCAGUUGUUAGUUUAGAGUUUUUCAUACCAUUUACAUUACUUAAAAUAUUGUACGGUGAGCACUAUGUUAUGCGUAGCCCAACAGACAGAACUUUCUUCCCGAAUUGAUUUAGGAUCGUGCCUUAUCAAAGAAGAAGAAAUCGGUAAUUUUUGAACUACGGAACUGUUGGGCAAAAGUUUAAAAAUUAGAGAAAAAAUCAAAAAAAUUUAAUCUUUUUCCGAAUUGGAACUGACAUUGUUCAGUUAACCUCAUUUAAUGAUAAAAAUAAAAUUUGUCGAUUUAAUUGAUUUCUUGCGUGUAACAUUAAUUUGAAAUUUUACUGACUUUUUCAGCU